AUGUUUAGAACCUUGGACAAGACAAGAAACACUGGUCGCCAUAGUGACGGUGCUUGCAGCAGUGUUGAACUGGAUCUUGCUGCAAAGCAAAUCAUAGGCAAUAGGGCUCGAUUCACGUACCCUAUCAUCGCGACCUCGAGCAGACGGCAGUUCCAGGCCGAAGAGAGACGAUUGCUUCGUGAGUCAGACGAAGACAAUUUAGGCACAGGAAAAGAAUAUCAGUCGACAGCAAGAGACUGA